AUCCCAAAAAAUAUUAGCUUCAAGUUUCAGAAAUAUUAGCUUCUGAUUUUCAGAAAUACUUAUCAGCCUCAAAUCUCAGAGAUAUUAGCUUCAGGCUCCCAGAAAUAUAACUCCACUACUGUUUCCCUGUUAUCUCGGAUGUGCAAUUUCGAAUGCAUAAAUCUUUCAUUAAUCGCAACAAAUAUUUUUGCGCAUAUUCGCCAGACAUUGGCAAGAUAUCACAUCACUGUAAAAAUCUUUCUUUAUUUAAUUCUCUAGAAAAUUUCAAACAUUACAAAUGAGGUUAGUUAAUUGACGUGUCACGCGAUCAUUCGUCCGAUCCUGGUCCGAAAAUCAUAAAUACCAGUAAACAAUGGUAUUCGCGAUUGCCCUCCGUCUUGUCAGGCAAAGCGAGAAGAUCGUUCGUUUAAAGAGAAUCGGUUUAACGACUUACAAUUAUUCAAGAAGCUUGUCAUCGGCUCCUAUCGAAAUGAGCAAACCUAAAGUUCUUAUUACACGACCAGAUGUACCUUCUGCUGGUUUGAACUUGCUACGUAAGCGAUAUCACCUUAUAAUAUGGGACCGAUAUGAGCCGAUACCACGCAAUGAAUUAAUGAACAUGGUCCGUGGAGUAGAUGCUAUCUUCUGCAUGUUAACGGAUAAGAUAGAUAACGAGAUUCUAGAUUGUGCAGGUCUGCAGUUAAAGGUCGUAGCAUCUAUGUCGGUGGGUCUAGAUCAUCUAGAUUUGUCUGCCUUGCAAAGAAGAAGCAUCAGAAUUGGUUAUACUCCAAAUGUUUUGACUGAAAGCACAGCGGAGCUGAUAAUAACUCUCUUAUUAACCACGUCGAGGAAUAUAAUAGAAGCGAACGCAGCUGUCCACAAAGGCGAGUGGCCACCCUGGUCGCCUACAUGGAUGUGUGGUGUGGGACUAGCUGGGAAAACUGUAGGAAUCGUUGGCUUAGGUAGGAUAGGUAUCAGAGUCGCUGAGAUACUUAAGGGCUUCAACGUUGCCAAAAUACUAUACAUUAGCAGGAUUGAAAAACCGGAAGCGUCGAGAUUCAAUGGUGAAAAAGUUGACUUUGUCACGUUACUCCGCAAAAGUGACUUUGUCAUAGUAACCAUAGCAUUGACGCCGCAAACGAAAUACAUGUUCAAUUCUGAAGCCUUUCAUCAAAUGAAGAACACGGCUAUAUUCGUAAAUGGUAGCCGCGGAGACGUAGUAGAUCAAGAAGCGCUAAUCGAAGCCUUAAGGGAAAAUGUGAUCGCAGCGGCUGGUUUAGACGUUACAUCACCGGAACCACUGCCAUUGCACAGUGAACUUUUAACACUAGAUAAUUGUGUAAUAUUGCCUCACAUAGGAAGUGCUACCAUAGAAACUAGAGACGAAAUGGCCUGUAUCACUGCGAAAAAUAUCAUAGCGGUUCUAGAAGGGACUCCUGAAGAAAUGCCUGCGGAAUAUUGUGUAAAUGUGUGAAUUGUUAACAUUGCCAUACGUAAUCAUGAAAGAUCCUCACUUAAUCAUAAUUGAAUUGUGAUAUAUUUAGUCAGUCAAAGAUACAAAUCUAUAUAAUUUAUUUUUCCAAUGAUUUUAUCUAUUAUAUAAUAAAAAAUUUAUGUAACUUAUUUAUAAGUAUAUACAAAUAUAAUUGCAUCAGUUAAAAAUCAGUCUUUAGUUAAGAAUCAGUCUUUUUACAAGGUACAAAUUAACAUGUAAUAUAAAAAUGUAUUUUUACAAGUAUCUGCAUGUGACUAUGAACAUGAGAAUAAAUCCGUUCCGAUU